UAACUCAUUUAUUUGCGUUCUGUCUUAAUAAUUUUUUUCUUCUGCUACUACUUUCUCUUUCUCUCUCUACACUAUUUUCUCUUCUCUCUCAAUUUCUCCGGCGACAUUUCUUCUCUCUAUUUGACUACCACCGAUAACAAUCCACUACCGCCGACCUACGCUACCUAACCAUGGGUCAUUGCUGCAGCAAAAGCAUCGCAGUCGACAACGAAACCGUCGCCACCGAUCACCACCACAAACCACCACCGCACCACACACCAUCACCGCUUUCGGUUUCUCAACCUGUUUCCGGCGUCAGUGAUGCUACUCCGGGAAGACAAACUCCGGCAACCUCUUUCUCCACAAGUCCUUUCAAUAGUCCUCUUCCGGCAGGUGUGAUGCCGUCGCCGGCGACGAAGACUCCGGGGAGGAAAUUCAGGUGGCCACUUCCUCCACCGUCACCAGCGAAGCCUAUAAUGGACCUUUACCGGAAGAUGAAACCGAAAGAUGGACCUAUACCGGAGGAGCAUGGAGAAGGUGGUGGUGGUGGAGAGAGAACGUUGGAUAAGAGUUUUGGGUAUGGGAAGAAUUUUGGGGCGAAAUUUGAGCUUGGGAAGGAAGUUGGUCGAGGGCAUUUUGGUCAUACUUGUUGGGCUAAAGGGAAGAAAGGUGAACUUAAGGGAAUUUCAGUAGCUGUCAAAAUCAUUACCAAAGCUAAGAUGACUUCAGCAAUAGCAAUUGAAGAUGUGAGGAGAGAGGUGAAAAUGUUGAAGGCCUUAUCUGGACAUAGGAAUUUGGUCAAGUUUUAUGAUGCAUUUGAGGAUGUGAAUAACGUCUACAUUGUGAUGGAGUUGUGCGAGGGUGGAGAAUUACUGGACAGAAUUCUAGAUAGAGGUGGAAGAUACACAGAGGAAGACGCCAAAGUUAUUCUUCUACAAAUUCUGAAUGUAGUUGCCUUUUGUCAUCUCCAGGGAGUUGUUCAUCGCGAUCUAAAACCAGAGAAUUUUCUUUUUGUCUCAAAAGAUGAGGAUGCUGUUCUGAAAGUUAUUGAUUUUGGUCUAUCUGAUUUUGUUAGACCAGAGCAGCGCCUCAAUGAUAUUGUUGGUAGUGCCUACUAUGUUGCACCUGAAGUGCUCCAUAGAUCUUACAGCGUUGAAGCAGACUUGUGGAGUGUUGGAGUUAUAUCGUACAUAUUGUUAUGUGGAAGUAGACCGUUUUGGGCACGGACAGAAUCAGGAAUUUUCCGGUCUGUGUUACGAGCAAAUCCUAACUUUGAUGAUUCACCUUGGCCAUCAAUUUCACCGGAAGCUAAAGACUUCGUGAAGAGACUUUUGAACAAGGACCACAGGAAAAGGAUGACUGCUGCUCAAGCUUUAUCUCACCCAUGGUUGAGAGAUGAAAAAAAUGUCGUUCCUUUAGAUAUUUUGAUUUACAAGUUAGUCAAGUCAUAUGUGCGCGCCUCGCCAUUGAAACGUGCGGCACUGAAGGCUCUCUCAAAAGCAUUGCCGGUGGACGAGGUUACCUACCUCAGAGCACAAUUUAGCCUCUUGGAACCUAAAGAUGGUUGCAUUUCACUUGAGAAUUUCAGAGUUGCUCUCAUGAAAAAUGCAACUGACGCCAUGAAGGAGGCAAGGGUCCCUGACAUUCUAAAUUUGAUGGAUCCACUCUCCUAUAAAAGAUUGGACUUCGAAGAGUUUUGCGCUGCUGCAAUCAGUGUAUACCAGCUGGAAGUUCAUCCAGAAUGGGAAAGAAUUGCCACCACAGCUUAUGAUUAUUUUGACGAGGCAGGGAACCGUGUCAUUUCAGUCGAAGAGUUGGCACAGGAGAUGAAUUUGGGUCCUUCUGCUUACUCUCUAAUGGGUGAUUGGAUCAGAAAAUCUGAUGGAAAACUCAGCUUGGUCGGAUAUACAAAGUAUUUGCAUGGUGUCACAAUUCGUUCAAAUACAAGACACAGAUAGCUAUGACGAUUAAAAGGAGAUUUUAUUGUUAUACUUAUUGAAAUUGAAAUUAGUUUGUGUCCUUUUCUUUUUAAAUUUGAAUUGAAACAUUUUUCUUUUUGAAUUUGAAUUGAAAGGGAAAUGGUACAGAGGGUCUAAGCAAUUUUUUUAUAGGGACGUUGGAGAUUGUAUCAUGGAAAAGUAUAGGUAGCUAGCAUAUUGUUUUUGUUCCUCAUGUGACUUGUGGUGCAAAGUAAAAAUUCUCCCAUUUUCCUUGUGAGCACAAAUGCAACUUGCUUUCUUGUAAGAUUUCGUGUGAAGAUUAAAGAUACUUCUACUAUUUGGGUCAAAACUUUAUCAUA